AUGACAGCCAGAGCAGAGUCCACAGUAUUCUGGCCCGGCAUCACAGCCGCUAUCACAGCACUGAKGGAGCGCUGCUCUCACUGCAACCGCAUGACACCUUCUCAACCCAGUGCCCCACCAUACCCUACAGUAAUACCAGCAUAUCCAUUCCAAUGUAUUUGUGCUGAUUACUUCCAGUACAAAGGCACCAACUAMCUCCUUGUAGUAGACAGAUACUCCAACUGGCCCAUUGUCAAAAGAGGACGUGAUGGCUCCGAUGGCCUCACCRAAUGCCUUCGACACACCUUUGCUACGUAUGGCAUCCCAGAUGAAUGUGCCACCGAUGGAGGACCACAGGCUGAGAUAGGGUUGAAAACCAUUAAGAGGCUAAUCACCAACAACACAGAUCCACAAGGCAACCUCAACACCAACUCGUUCCAACAGGCCAUCCUACAGUACCGCAAUACACCUGACCCAAACACCAAGCUGUCCCCUGCACAGUGUGUCUUUGGACGUCCCAUCAAAGACUUCAUCCCCAUCAUUCCUGGGCGCUACACACCCCACCCCACGUGGCGUGACACCCUUGCAUUGAGGGAAGAAGCCCUAAGAAACCGCCACAUGCAAGCAUCUGAGAAAUGGGCUGAGCAUACAAAAAGGCUUCCUCCCCUGGCCGUAGGUGACCAUGUCCGGAUACAAAACCAGACUGGAACACACCCUACACGAUGGGACAAGACAGGGGUCGUCAUCGAAGUGAAACAAUUCGACCAAUACGCCACACGCGUUGAUGGCUCCGGACGAAUAACCCUCAGGAACCGCAAAUUUCUUAGAAAAUAUAUCCMAUUUCAGGCAAGACCACCACUCCGCACACUGAGCGAUGACCUCAGAUACACAGGGAAAGCCAACCAAGCGACGGUCCCCAAGCCAAGUUUCCCAACCCUGGCAAAUCAACCCACAAGUGGAGCAGAGCCACCAACCCCAGCAGAUCCAGAUCAUGCA